GCUGGAUUUGGGCAUGCCAAGGACAUCGUCAUUGCCGAAGUGAAUGCCGAUGACCACCGCGACCUGGGCACCAAGUUUGGGAUCCAGGGAUUCCCCACUCUCAAGUUCUUCCCCAAGGGCGGCGACGUGAAGACUCCCGAGGACUACACGAAGGGCCGUGAUCUCGAAUCCCUUUCUGACUUUGUCCGCGAGAAGACUGGUAUUGUUCCACUCAUCAAGAAGCCCGCUUCAUACGUCACCGCUCUUGACUACGCCAAGUUCAAGGAUGUGGCUCUUGACGAGUCCAAGUUUGUCCUGGUGGAGUUCUACGCUCCCUGGUGCGGACACUGCAAGACUCUUGCCCCGAUCUACGAGCAGCUCUCCCAGGUUUUCCAGAACGACGACAACGUUGUUAUUGCCAACUACGACGCUAGCGAUGACUCCAAGAUUAAGGGCGAGUACCCCAUCCAGGGCUUCCCCACCCUGCUCGCCUUCCCCGCUGGCAAGGACGUCGAGCACAUUGAGUACGACGGCAGCCGCGGUCUCGAGGAUCUGGUUGCCUUUGUCAACGAGCACGCGGGCACUCAGCGCACCACCGAAGGCCUGCUUGAUCAGUCUGCCGGCCGUCUCGAGGCAUUGGAUGCCAUUGCCCGCAAGUACAUUGCUGCGUCCAAGGCCCAGCGCACCAAGCUGAUUGCCAAGGCAAAGGCCACCGCCGACAAGGCUAAGGACAAGACCCAGGCCAAGUUUGCCAAAUACUAUCUCAAGGUCAUGGAGAAGAUGGCUUCUGCCUCUGACUUUGCCAGCAAGGAGGCUGAGCGUCUCUCCAACAUUGUCAAGAGUGGUGCUGUCAGUGCCAGCAAGCUCGACGGUUUCACCAUUCGUCAGAAUGUCCUUAAUGUCUUCCUCGGCAAGAGCGAGCCGGUUGAGGUGAAGAAGGAGGAGGAGGAGGUCAAGGCCGCCGAUCGUGCAAAGGACGAGCUCUAA